AUGGCAAUUCUUCCUCUACUUUCUGCAGCAAAAAUAACCAUCGGACAUGUUGGCCGAGACAACAUAACAGUUGGGGGCACAUCCAUUCUCUUGACAGACACGGAUCGCCUAGAUCCUUUUAUCAACGAUGGACGAAGCCGCUCGAUCGUGGUUUCAAGCUUUUAUCCUGUCCUGAAGUGCACGAGCAAAGGAACUAAACCUUAUAUGCCGCCUCAGACAGCCGCUUUCAUGGAUGAGAAGUUCUCGGUCUACGGUCUCCCCAACGGAACAUUCUCGUCUUUCGAAUUCGAAGCAUGCAACACGCCAACAGCCCAAGACCUAUGUCCUACACCAGCUCUCCCACUGGUGCUAUUCUCUAGUGCGCUGGGUACUAGCAGGUAUCUAUAUAGCAUCAUGCUGCAAAGCAUCGCAUCUUCAGGAUAUCUAGUUGUUUCUAUCGACCAUCCAUACGACGCCGAUAUUGUCGAGUAUCCUAAUGGAACCAUCAUUACCGGUGUUGAUAUUCCUGACGACAAGAUCAAUCAGACAGUGGCCACCCGUGCGGAUGACAUUUCGUUUGCCGUCAACAGCCUCCGCAAAAGUCAUGUUUCUAGAAAACUGUUCCCAAUCCAUACGAUCCUUCAAAAGUUCCCUCAGAUUGCUGUUCUGGGCCAUUCUCUUGGAGGCGCGGCUGCAGGAGCAGCGGUACUGCAAAUCCCUUCUGCGCGUGGGGGUAUCAAUCUCGAUGGAACCAUGUUUGGUUCAGUCCUCGAUAAGGGCAUUGAUAGGCCCUUCAUGCUGAUUGGUCAUGCGAAUAAGACGCAAGAAACAGACCCCUCCUGGAAGACAAUAUGGCCAAAACUGCGAAGCUGGAAGAAAGAAAUUGAGGUCCGCAAAUCGGUGCACUAUUCAUUCUCUGACCUUCCUGUACUUAUGAGCGCAAUGGGGCUUGGAAGCGCGCAGGUUCCGGCCAUUGGUGACCUGCUAGGUACGAUUGAAGGACAUCGGAUGAUGCAACUUACAGUUGCUCAUAUCGUUGCUUUUCUGGAUUUCACCCUGAAGUCUCGUGGACAGAGAGGAUUUGCAGAGGUGGCCAGGCAAUUUCCAGAGGCCGCGACUAUUGCUUGA